CAACAUGGCGGCCCACUGUAGCCUACAAGUGACUCGCGUGUCUCCCGGUUUCAGUCUUAUUUUUAGUUUUAAUUUACGAAUUAUGAAGUUUAAGAUGAUGAGACAUCAAGAAAGUAAUGAAAGGGAAACGUUGCUGGCAUUUUUAUAUAAAUAAAACGCUGGGAGAAAUUUGGUGAAAAGUGAGGAACAGCUGACUGAAACACGCUCCCAAAAACCAGACUUCAUGACACAAAUGGAAGGAAUAUUUUAUUACAGACGUUGGAUUUUGCAGCAAUUGAGCUUCAUUAUCAUCACACCUGCAAAGGGCGCGCCAAUGUUCCAUAGCAAGCCCACGGGUGGAGGCCGACCUCUCCAAAUCUCUCCCCGGCCAUGACAGCUUCCUGCCGGACUGAGCUGAGGCGGGCGCGGCGCCUCCACAGUCACAUCGGGAUGAGCGAAGUUGCCGAGGAGGAGUCGAGCUGUUCGGCAUGAUGAGUACCGCGCCUCCUCGCUGCUCAAUUUGAUGUCGUUUAAGAGCGAAUGCGCAUUCUGAGGGGAAAUGAGUAACAGCGGCGUGGCCUCCGGGAUGGGAGGCCCAAACGGGCGGACUCCGACGCCCGAUAGAGCGGUCCCGGCCCCGGCCCCGGGCGGCUCCUCGCCGGCCACGCUGGAAGACCCGGCCGGCGGGCCUCUGUCGUGCCUGACUGACGUGGGGGAGAUGUGGGUGAAAUUCGGCAAGAUGUUCGCUGCCAUCCUGCCCAUCUACAUCCUGGGCUACUUGGAGUUCAGCUUCAGCUGGGUCUUAAUCGGACUGGCCGCCUUGUUUUACUGGCGGCGAGCCCACGGCGCUAAGGACUACAGGAUCAACCGCGCUUUGGCCUUCCUGGAGCAUCAGGACACUCCCGUCAAAAAGAUUCUGCCCACCACCGAGCUGCCGUCGUGGGUUCAUUAUCCGGAUGUGGAGCGAGUGGGGUGGCUCAAUAAGACAGUGAAGCAAAUGUGGCCGUUCAUCUGCCAGUUUGUGGACAAGUUGUUCCGGGACAGCAUCGAGCCAGCCAUCAAGGGCGCCAGCCCCUAUCUGUCCUCUUUCUGCUUCUCCAAGAUCGACAUGGGCGACAAGCCUAUCAGGGUGAACGGUGUCAAAGUUUACACGGACAAUGUGGACAAGAGGCAGGUUAUCAUGGACAUGCAGAUCAGUUUUGCGGGCAACACUGAGAUCAAUGUGGACAUUAAGAAGUACUACUGCAGGGCGGGAAUCAAGAGCAUCCAGCUUCACGGCGUGAUGCGCGUGGUGAUGGAGCCGCUUCUGGGAGACAUGCCGCUGAUCGGAGCGCUCUCCGUCUUCUUUCUCAACAAACCCCUCCUGGACAUCAACUGGACGGGCCUAACCAACAUAUUGGACAUUCCUGGGGUCAACGGUCUCUGCGACAACCUGAUCCAGGACAUCAUCUGCAGCUUCCUGGUGCUCCCCAACCGCAUAAACAUCCCACUGGUGGGCAAGGAGCAGCUGGAGCACCUCUUAUUCCCCGUGCCCAAAGGCAUCCUGCGCAUCCACUUCCUGGAGGGCCAGGACCUGCUGGGCAAGGACAAGUUCCUGGGCGGUCUCAUCAAAGGCAAGUCGGACCCUUACGGAGUCAUCCGGGUGGGCAACCAGCUUUUCCAGAGCAAAGUCAUGCACGAGACGGUCAACCCCAAGUGGAACGCCGUCUUUGAGGCUGAAGUUAUGGACCCUGCCGGGCAGAAUUUGGAGGUGCAAUUGUACGACGAAGACACCGAUAAAGAUGACAUGCUGGGAAGCGUAACCAUCGACUUGGGCGCGUUAACCAAGGAGCCGAAGGUGGACGAGUGGUUCAGUCUGGAUGAUGUGGCUACCGGGAAGUUGCACCUGAAGCUGGAAUGGUUGUCUCUUAUGACCACGCCUGACAAGCUAGAGGAGGCCCUGGCUAGCAUCCGCGCCGACCGCGGCAAGGCCAAUGACGGCCUGUCCUCGGCGCUGCUCAUCGUCUUUUUGGACUCAGCCAAAAACCUGCCGGCCGGGAAGAAAGUGACCAGCGAUCCCAGUCCGUUCGUCCAGCUCCGAGUGGGUCACAAGUCGCACGAGAGCAAGACGCGCUACAAAACCAAUGAGCCCGUGUGGGAAGAAGCCUUCUCCUUCUUGGUCCACAACCCCAGGACUCAAGAUUUGGAGGUGGAGGUGAAAGACGCUAAGCACGACGACUGCUCGUUGGGGACGCUGGCCGUGCCUCUGACUCGCUUGCUGGAGGCGCCGGACAUGACGCUCAACCAACAGUUUCAUAUGCGCAACUCGGGACCCGGCUGCUGCAUCAAGUUGAAGUUGGCUCUGCGGGUGUUAUGUCUAGAUAAAGACACCUCCACCGGGACCGAGCAGGACCAGAAGGCGGCCACCGCCGACCCGUCCGAUCCGGCCGCCGACCCCAUUCCGCGCUCGGCUUCCGCGUCUGCCCAGGACGUCCUGAGGCGACGCCGGUGGGACGACGAAGAGCGGGCGUCGCACCCGGCCGAGAGGGGCCGUAGCUCGUCCCAGUCGGGGUCGCAGCACUUCCUGGACGGGGGCAAGGAGGCCACGCCCAGCAUCGCUUCCGACAUCUCCAACCCGUUGGCGGCUCAGGAGCUGCACCAGAGAGUCCAGCAGAUGCAAAAUGGUUCUGGACUGAACUACUUCCCCUUGGGGGAGAUCCAGCUGACAGUGAGACACAGCUCCCAGAAGAACAAAUUGGUGGUGACGGUCCACUCUUGCAGGAACCUGAUCCCAUUCAACGAUUACAACUCGGACCCGUACGUCCGCCUCUACUUGCUUCCUGACAAGCGGCGAUCGGGAAGAAGGAAAACUCACACGCUCAAGAAAACGCUCAACCCCGUUUACGAACAGACCUUCGAGUUCAGCGUAUCUCUGGUGGAGCUCCACAGGAGAACGCUGGACGUGGCUGUGAAGAACAGUGGAGGCUUGCUGUCCAGACACAAAGGCCUUCUGGGAAAGGUGUUGGUGAGUUUGACUCCCGAGGACAGCGCCAAGGGUUGGACGCAAUGGUAUGAGCUCAGUGAAGAUGGCCACAGGAAGCCUCACCAACUCUAAAAGUCUUCAUCAUCAUCCUGGAGCAGAGUGCCCCUAAAGACCAAAAAAGGGAACACACGCAAAUGCGACAUCUUUAUUUAGAAAAAAUGAAAAAAAUUUUUUUUUUUUUUUGUAAAUACAUGCUUCUUUCGUAUCAUGCUUGAUGAAAAUUUCAUACUUUUUUUUAUUGUCUCCAAACCCAAAACAUAACUUUUUCCUGAAAAUAUAUACUUACAAACAGUAACUUGGACUUAUUUAUCUGAUAAUAUUGUGUUUUUGAUGAAAGUCAUGCAGCCGAAACCAAAGAUUUUUAUUAUUAUUCAGGCAGCAUUUUUUUUUAUUUCUUGAGCUUUAAAUUGCAGCAGUUCCCAAAGUGAACAGUUUGCACAUCAAUCAAAUAUCACAAGAUGUUUUUUUUUUGUAAGCCACAUUUAUUUAGAAAUAAGAGAACAUAUACACAGAAAUAUGAUAGCCAACAUUCAUCCAUCCGCAGUGCUUGUCAAAAUAUAUCAUCAUGUAUCAGCACAUUUAACGGCAACAUUUAUUUCAAUUUUUUUUUUUUUAUAAACGUAAAUGUCAGAAGCAAUAUUAUGUUUACUCAUUUGACUUCCGAUCAAUUUUGACCGGGAAGUCAAAGUCAAAACGGAUCGGACGUCUUUCACCUUCAGUUAAGUUGAGAAGUGACGAUAUUUAAAAGGUUUGUUCGUGAAGUCUUAAGUUCAUUGUUAGUCUCUUAUUCUGAAAUUUGAGUCCCGUGGGAAACACAUUUCAAAGUAAGACUGAGCUCUGCUUUUAUUUGAACGGGUCACUGAAAAUUUUGUGCCUUAAUAAGUUGGCGUGACCCGCGAACAGCUUCCUUUUAUAGACUUGUAAAUGUUUUUUUGUUUUUUGUUUUUUUUGAAUAAAAACAGGAAAAUGA